CUUAUCUUCAAUGUGCCCAUCAGGCCUCUUGCCCAGCAGCACCGCUCAGAGACCAGGAAACUCCAGAGACUCAAAGACACAUCCUGCACCCAGGUCCCAUUGUCUUUUAUCUUUCUAUUUCCCAUUCUUCGUAAGGAUUCUGGAGCAUAAGGACGGUGCAGGAGAUUUAAUUAUGGCUAUCUUCAUUAUUUUGUGCCUAUGUAGUGUUCUGGUGACAGGCAUGGGUGAAGGUGGAAGAGAGAAAGGAGUGGAGAGGGAAUGUGAACCCAGCCAGCCCCUCCACUGCCCCACUGUGUCCCCCAGCGCCCAGCCCUGGACACACCCCGGUCAGAGCCAGCUGUUUGCAGACCUGAGCCGAGAGGAGCUGACAGCUGUGAUGAGCUUCCUGACCCAGCAGCUAGGGCCAGGCCUGGUGGAUGCAGCCCAGGCCCGCCCCUCGGACAACUGCGUCUUCUCCGUGGAGCUGCACUUGCCCCCCAAGGCUGCAGCCCUGGCCCACCUGGAUAGGGGGAGCCCCCCACCUGCCCGGGAGGCACUGGCCAUCGUCUUCUUUGGCGGACAACCCCAGCCCAAUGUGAGUGAGCUGGUGGUGGGGCCGCUGCCUCACCCCACCCACCUGCGGGAUGUGACAGUGGAGCGUCACGGGGGCCCCCUGCCCUAUCACCGACGCCCCGUGCUGAUCCGGGAGUACCUGGACAUAGACCAGCUGAUCUUCGACAGGGAGCUGCCCCAGGCUGCUGGGCUCCUCCACCACUGCUGCUUCUACAAACGCCAAGGACAGAAUCUGGUGACGAUGAACACAGCCCCCCGAGGUCUGCAGUCAGGGGACAGGGCCACCUGGUUUGGCCUCUACUACAACAUCUCAGGGGCUGGGUUUUUCCUGCAUCCCGUGGGGUUGGAGUUGCUAGUAGACCACAAGGCUCUGGACCCUGCCCGCUGGACCAUCCAGAAGGUGUUCUUUCAAGGCCGCUACUAUGACAGUUUGGCCCAUCUGGAGGACCAGUUUGAGGCAGGCCUGGUGAAUGUGGUGCUGGUCCCAGACAAUGGCACAGGUGGGUCCUGGUCUCUCAAGUCCCAGGUGCCUCCGGGCCCAGCUCCUCCUCUGCAGUUCCAACCCCAGGGCCCCCGUUUCAGUGUCCAGGGCAGUCGAGUGAGCUCCUCAUUGUGGACUUUCUCCUUUGGCCUUGGAGCUUUCAGUGGCCCCAGGAUCUUUGACAUCCGCUUCCAGGGAGAACGACUAGCUUAUGAGAUCAGCCUCCAAGAGGCCUUGGCCAUCUAUGGUGGAAAUUCUCCUUCUGCUCUGCGAAGCCGGUAUACAGAUGGUGGAUUUGGCUUGGGUCACUUCUCUUCAACUCUGACCCGGGGGGUGGACUGUCCCUACCUGGCUACCUAUGUGGACUGGCACUUCCUUCUGGAGUCCCACACCCCCAAGACAAUACGGGAUGCCAUUUGUGUGUUUGAACAGAACCAGGGCCUCCCCCUGAGGCGACACCACUCAGAUAUCCACUCCCACUAUUUUGGGGGCCUUGCAGAGACAGUGCUGGUUGUCAGAUCUGUGUCAACCAUGCUCAAUUAUGAUUAUGUGUGGGAUAUGGUCUUCCACCCCAAUGGGGCCAUAGAAGUCCGACUCCAUGCCACCGGCUACAUCAGCUCAAUAUUCCUCUUUGGUGCUGCCCAAAGUUAUGGAAACCAGGUUGGGGAACACACGCUGGGUACCGUCCACACCCACAGUGCCCACUUCAAGGUGGAUCUGGAUGUAGGAGGACUAGAGAACUGGGUCUGGGCUGAGGACAUGACCUAUGUCCCCACGGCGGUACCCUGGAGCCCCGAACACCAGAUGCAGAGGCUGCAGGUGACCAGGAAGCUUCUGGAGACUGAGGAGCAGGCCGCCUUCCCCCUGGGGGGCACCCCACCCCGUUACGUGUACCUGGCCAGCAACCACAGCAACAAGUGGGGUCAUCCACGGGGCUACCGCAUCCAGUUGCUCAGCUUUGCAGGGGAGCCGCUGCCCCAGAACAGCUCCCUGGAGAGAGCCUUCAGCUGGGGGAGGUACCAGCUGGCCGUAACGCAGCGGAAGGAAGAAGAGCCCAGCAGCACCAGCAUCUACAAUUUGAAUGACCCUUGGACUCCCACUGUGGAUUUCACUGACUUCAUCAACAACGAGACCAUUGCAGGGCAGGACUUGGUGGCCUGGGUGACAGCUGGUUUCCUGCACAUCCCUCAUGCAGAAGAUGUUCCCAACACAGUGACUGUGGGCAAUGCUGUGGGCUUCUUCCUCCGACCCUACAACUUCUUUGACCAGGACCCCUCCUUCGAUUCUGCAGACUCUGUCUAUUUCCAGGGGAACCAGGAUGCCGGGGCCUGCGAGGUCAACCCCCUGGCUUGCCUUCCUCAGUCUGCUGCCUGUGCCCCAGACCUCCCUGCCUUCUCCCACGGGGGCUUCUCUCACAACUAGGGGUCCCCCCAGGAUGGGGAAUGUGGCCGGCGCCCCAGGGCCAGGGUGUGUGGGGAGGGGAACAGUGGGCCCCAGGCCAGGCGGCCUGGUGCCUUCUUCUCCUACCUUCCACCACAAAGCUCCUCACCUCCCCUUCUCCCCAGGCCCCCUUUCUAUCGCCCUCCCUGACACCCUCUCCCUGCUGGGAGCCUCCUGAGCCUGUGAUGCCUGGCACUGGGGGAAGGGCAGAGACACCAGUCAGCUUUGUGGUCACUGGACCUGCUGGGUUCCUGUGCCAGAAAGAAUGGCCCCCUGAAGCCGGGACUAAAGGCCAAACUUUUCCCAAAAGACUCCUAUUUCUUCUAACAGUUUUUUAAUCUUACUUUUUUUAAAACAAAAUAUGAUUCACAUGCCAUUAAAUCCAUACUCUUAAUAUGUCAAGUUAGAGGUUUUUAGUGUAUUUACAGAGUUGUGCAACCACCACCCCUAUCCAAUUCCAGAGUGUUUUCAUCAUCUGAAAAAGAAACCCAGACCUGUCAGCACUCACUCUCUUUUCCCUCCAACCCCUUCCUGGCUCUAGGCAACUACUUGUCUUUCUGUCACUAUAGAUUUGUGUAUAUUCUGGACAUUUUGUAUAGGUUCAUACGGUGUGUGGUCUUUUGUGAUUGGCAUCUUUCCCCCAGCACCACGUUUCUGAGGCGCAUCUGUGUCUUAGCAGGUGUGGGUACUUCAUCCUUUGCAGCUGAGCACUGUUCCACUGCACAGAGAGACCACAUCUUGUUCACCCAUUCUUCCACUGAUGGCCAUUCGGGUUGUUUCCUUUUGUAGACAAUGCUGCUGUGAACAUUCAUGUACAAGCUCUUGCGUGGACAUAUGUUUUCAUUUCUCUUCGGUCCACACACCUGAGCAUGGAACUGCUGGGUCAUAGGGUCAUUCUAUGCUUAACCUUUUGAGGAACCGAACACUG